UUAAAAUCACCUGCUUUAGUGACUGGCUGGAAAGAAAACCUGCAGUGUCUCGGCCCUCCAUGGCACGAGUUUGACACCCCGGAUCUAGUGGUUCAAAUGUGAAGUAUGCCUCUCAUGACAAUAAUGAAAACAAUUUCGAAAUUUUUUUUUGUCGAUAACAUCGAUUAUCGAAGAUAAAUUGACGCAAAAUUAGCACACAGUUAUCGUGACUGACAGGUGUAUGUGGUGCUAUAAAUAUGUUCCCAAGGGGAACUGAGUGGCGAGACGGACAGGGAGUGAUGUUGGGGGUUCAGAUUUUGAGUUUCAGCUUUCUGUGUGUUGCGGCUGUAACGGUAUUUCUGGUUUUAUGAGGGGUUAUUGUGCCUGGUGUGAGAUAAUUUAACCUGCAAAAAAAAAGCCUGUUGUUCCAGCGGUCAAGUCUGGUGCUUGUAUGUCUCACCAAACAUUACAGUAAUAUCACUGACACCUAGUGACCAGUGUAGAGUACUACAUACUAUUGUGUCUUGCUUGUGUCUUACUCAUAUUUGUAUUUUUGUUCAUUUUUCCAUUUUCAUACUAAAAAAUGCUUAAAUAUAAUAUAUAAUUUGCUUAAGCAUGCUUUUUUCUGCAAAUAAUAGGCUGUAUUCAACCAAGAAACAGCAUGAUUUAUGAAUUCACACCCUACAUAUUUAGCAUGAGGCUUAAAUAUCAAAUAGAAUUCUACCUACAUUGUGGCUGACAGGAGCUACUGUAUGUGUUAUGAUGUGUAUUCAGCGGCUACAUCUACUUUCCCAAAUCCCAGUAAUUCCAUCUUCGGGAUUAGAUCAGCCUCGACACUUUGUGUUGAAACAAAUCCUCCACGCUGUCACAGCAGGUGUUGCUGAAAUAUGCAUUAUGUAUGAAUCUAAAAAUGUCAUCUUGAAUGACUGAGCUGCUUUGAAACCUCUCUGCUUGUCUGCUUGUUUCAUCAGGGGAGGUUAUUUGCUCGUUAAGCAUAAGGUAGACCUACAUCAGCCAAUUUAAUGCACUGGCUGUCUAAAUUGUGCCUUAACAAAGACAGACAUGCUGAGUUGGGACCGGCGUUGCCAGAUGUAUUAUAAUUAUUGUAUUUGUACACAGUGACAUGCAGUGAGAUUCAUGGCUGUUGUUUUUUUCAUGAUAAUACAGGUUGCUCAUUAAGAGGAUAACAAGAAAAUAAGAGAAAAUUCACUUUGGCUAAACAUUUUGUUUUCAAAUACUUAUUGGUCCCAUACAUGGGCCCUAUUCUUCUCCAGGGAAAGUUUUGAUACUUUGUUGUAAAACUCUGAUGGCCUUAUGAUGAGCUUGGAUAUGAAAUCCUCCAUCUUGGCAGUCAAAAUCAUUUGUUCAUUCAGCACAGCAUACAGAAGUUUUUAAUGUGUCUGUCUUGCUGCUCUCCAGCUGGUGGUACUGCUGCCAAAAUAUAAAAAAUACGUUGGCUGGGCCUGUCUCAAUAACAAAUUUUGCUGGACGAUGAAAAAACGAUUAAAAAGGCACAAAGAAAGCAUUCGAUCGUGUAGCACAAGACACGCAGCUAGCGAGUGCACGCUCGCCAGUGCCCCGCCUCUCCCCACUGGGACAAAGCGACUGAUUGAAUGACUGACAGGAGGGUUCACUCACUCUGUUCGUUGCGCUCUACAACCAACGCCUCCAGGUGUUGAGACAGAUGCACAGAGUGAACUCUCUUGUCACGCAGCCUGUUUGGUAGCGAGAGAGGAGUCAAUAUUUCAAGGCCGGCAAAAUUAUUGAGUUAGUUUUUAUUUAUCGUGCGGUUAAUUGAUUUAUUGAUUAUCGUGGCAGGCCUAGCGCUGACUUUUCCUCUCUAUGGAAGGAUGGCAGUGACAAGCACCUGCCAGCUCACGCACACCCCCGCCCCUUCCGGAUGAGGUGGAAUACUGCAGCGCCUCAGCGUGUGACCUUUCUCUGUAUUUUAUUGUCCGAUUAUCAGGAAUAAUGAUGCCACGCUUCCAUGAAAGACAUUACUGUAGAAAGCCAUGGUGUAGAGUAAAUGUUUCUCCAACAUUCCACUAUUGGAGACAUGUUGACAAACAGAAACUGGCAGGCACCAUGAUCCAACUCAGUGCACUUACUCAUGUGGUAGGCUGUGCUUGUGCACUAAGCUGAGGUUUCUGCCCUGUAUUUGAUCAGGGAAUGUUCAAAUUCAGCACUUUUUCACAAGAAAAUGUUAAAAACGAUGGGAAUGCUACAGAAAAGUCAACUGUUGACUGGACAAAUUAGGUUAUCAUUAUUCUUUUUUUUUUCCCAUCCUAGCAGGUGAAGCUCUGCCUUAUGAUACAGGGCCUCGAUUGUGGGUGAUGGGCAAAAUUCCCCCCAAAAAUGCAGCUUUCCUUUAAAGAAACUUUCAAUAGGCUGUUCUGCUGUUCUCCAUGGAAGGUACCAGAAUGGACAGUUCAGACGGUAGACUUCCUUGAUAGAAAGGAAUAGAAAUAUGGAAAACCAUCCAUAAAGUCAAAUACAUGGCAUGCUCGCCCAUUUAACAGUACGUCAGGAUAGCUUUCUACACGCUGCUUCGGCCUGUCACGAUAACAAAUUUUGCUGGUCGAUAAUUGUGCUACAAAUUAUCGGCGAUAAUCGUUAUUAUCCACAUUUUUUCAGACCAUUUUUUUCAUUAAUGAUAUGGCAUAAUAUAAGCCAGUGUGUCUGGCUCGCAGCCUCCCUCAGCUCACUGUGAUGGGUUUUAUCUUUGUUUUAUCGUUUGUUGUGAGGACCGUCGACUCUGCUGGUGUAUGAUCAUCAGGAUUUACUUAAAAUCCAGAACAUUUUGGCCGCCUGUGCGAAACAAGAGUGCGGGGGGACCAAACAAAUCGCGUCCCUCUUACCUGCCUGACGUGCCAGAGUUCCUGCUGCGGGUGGAGCCGUUGCUUCCCAGGAGAACGUAGACCCAGGGGGCCAAGGCUGACUGCUAGCACCAUGUAUCUGCUCGCUCGCAGCCCUGCUUCCACAAAGAGGCUGAAUGAGUAAAUCGCAGAAAAACCCAGGAGGAGCUCUGACAAAGCAUAAACGGGCAGAGGAAGUAAUGCACUUGGCGGUGGUGGCAUGUGGAAACCGUCUGGAGGAGACUUUAACUCUGGUCAAAUCGGCUGUCCUGUUCAGCCUCAAGAAGAUCAAGUUUCACAUUUUUGCUGAAGACGGCUUGACCCUGCAGUUUAAAGAAAAGCUGAGCCGGUGGCCUCGCUUCGUCACAGCUAAGUUCCUGUACGACCUGCACCCCAUCACCUUCUCGGUGGGGAACGCCGACGAAUGGAAAAAGCUCUUCAAGCCCUGUGCUGCUCAGAGACUCUUCCUCCCUGGCAUCCUAAAGGACGUAGACUCAUUGCUGUACGUGGAUACUGACGUGCUGUUCCUCCGGCCUAUGGAUGACAUCUGGGGUCUGCUCAAGUCCUUCAACGGCACCCAGCUGGCAGCAAUGGCUCCGGAACACGAGAUCCCCAAGAUUGACUGGUACGGCCGCUUUGCACGUCAUCCUUUCUACGGCGUCUCAGGACUCAACUCGGGUGUCAUGCUGAUGAAUCUGACACGGAUCCGCCGCACAAUGUUCAAGAACAGUCUGAUUACGGGUGGUCUGUCCUGGGAGGACCUUUUGCACCCACUGUAUCAGAAGUACAAGAACCACAUCACAUGGGGCGAUCAGGACCUCCUCAACAUCAUCUUCCACUAUAACCCAGAGUGUGUCGUGGUUCUUCCGUGCCAGUGGAAUUACAGGCCUGAUCACUGCAUGUAUGGGAGUAACUGUAAAGGAGCUGAAGACGAAGGUGUGUCCAUCCUCCAUGGCAAUCGUGGAGUGUAUCAUGAUGAGAAGCAGCCGGCCUUCAAAGUAGUUUAUGAAGCAAUACGUGAUUUCCCGUUUGAGGACAACAUGUUCCAGUCGCUGUUCUAUCCCAUGCAGACCAAAUUCUUGGACACCGUCAACACCCUGUGUGGUCGGAUUCCUCAAGUUUUCCUCAAGCAGAUAGAAAAAACUAUGAGGAAGGUGUUUGAGGACAACGUGAUCCGACAUAUGAGGCCGCACAAGUGACUGUCGGCGCAGUGGACUUCCUGCUUCCUGUGACAAGAACCAAGGAGUAGUGGACUGGUGGUUUACCAGCCAGCCCCACCUUGAGUGAACUGGUGGCACGUUUGAAGGGAAUGGGCUUUUCUGGUUGUGGUCAUUGUAAUAAUGUAGUGACCGGUGGAAUCAGUUUUGCUUAAUUAUUGACUCGCACCAUGCACAGCCCAAAUGACAAUUCAUCUCAGUAGUUUUACUAUAAACACGUAUGUCUUUUGUUACAUGUGGUUUUUUUUGCAUUCAAUUUGAUUUUCUUUUUCAUUAUAAUCACUAGGCCUGUCACGAGAACAAAUUGUGCUGGUCGAUAAUUGUGCCACAAAUUAUCAUAGAUAAUCGACAUUAUCAAUGCCAUUUUUUUAGACAAUUUUUUUUAUUAAUUAUAUGGCAUCAAAUGUAUGCCAUCUAACCGUACUGAAUGGUUGCAUUUCUUUCGCAGUGUAGCGAGCGACACUGUGAGUGCACACCAUUUUGCGAUAUUUUGUUUAUAUUUACAUUGCCGACCAAUUCUGCCUCAGUAAGCGUUGGCUGUCGGGAUUGAGGCUCUGCUGCACUUUCAGUGGUAGUAGUUUUUUCCUAGUUGGGAAAACUGAGAAGGAUGGUUGUGUUCCCCUUCUUGCUCAUCACUACUUCCGAAUAAAUGCGCCAUAUGUUCAUUCUGUUUAAAACUGAAAUAUUCCCACACUGGGGCUGCUGCGUUCGCUGUAGAAACCAUCGCUUCUGUGCCUUCAUUCAUGUUAGCGUAUUCUUUCUCACGAGGCUAAUUUGCUGCUACCUUGCUGGUCGCACUCAUGCACGCACACGCACGCAUGCACAUGUCCAUUUAUUGAGGGUGGCAUAAUUAUCGACUUGUAUUUGUUUUGUUUUUUAAAUCGUUGGAUUAAUCGAUUAUAUUGACAGGCCUGAUAAUGACUUUUAUUUGCCGUUUUUAUUUGAGACCUAUACACUAAAUUAAGUAAAGUUGGGACUUGGAAGAUUUUACUGCUAUUCAGUGAGGCCAAGUCCGCCAUGUGAACGUUCAAAGGUAUGACAAAUAACUUGAAAUGUGAGCCUGUGGGGAAGGAGUUGCUUCCAGUAUUAAAUACAGCACAGAGAAGACGUUACACGUGGGUUAUAGAAAUGCACUUUCAUUGUUACAUUUCAGCAGAGGGCUGAGAGACAAUAACGCCACAUUAGCUGUUACAGCACUCGCAAACCUUCAAGUGCAAGCAUUGAGGAUGUGCCAUGUAAAUAUUGUCUGCCUUGUUCACUAUUUCAACAUGAACUCUUCAAAUCUUUGCAUUUUUUAAGAGUUGUCUUUGUUUUGUUGUGUAUGUCGAAAGGACGUGCAUUGUUUUCAUUGUGGUGUGCUGUACUAUGGCUGCACAGUCAAAAUGGGUGUCGAAAUAAAACAAUGCAAUUCAAUGA